CAGAAUGCCCCAUUAGAGUGUGAACUAAAUCUUUCUAUACUUUAGGCUCUUCCAGUCAAGCGGGGAAGACAUGAAGACUAUUAUCCUGAUUUUGAGCUUAAGCAUUUCACUUGCUUUGGUGAGUUUCGAGGAAUUUAUGAUAUAUGUUUCUGCAUCAUCUGUUAAAUCAAUUUUAGACAAAUACCGCUAAAACUGAGCUUGAUUCUAUCAAACUGCAUCAGAAUAUUUGUAAGAAAAACGCGUUUUUUUCUUCUUUACUAAAUCUGUAAAUAAUUCAUUUUUAAAUGCUUUAUAGAGAUUCAAUUAACGUUUGAACUCUGUCCAUUUUAUCUUACGAAGUCAUUCGAGGAAAACUGGAAAAAAGCCGGUAAAACGAACUCUUUUUGAAACUUGGGCAAACUUGGAAAAUGGUUAUGCUACUUGUUCUGUUCUGGUUGUUGUUUUUGUUUGAUCCUGGUUGGUAAAUUUCCCAUUCCAGUCCCUCCACACACUUAUUUGUACAUAUUUAUUAAUUUACAGGGAUGUUCAAAACUUCCUGAACUUUCAGUUUGCAACAAACCGGUGAGUAAACGUAUAAGUCAGAUGAAAUUAGAUUUUUCAAUACCAUUAAGGCUAGGGUUGUCUUUUAGAAGUCUGUUAGCUUCAGCUCUUAGGAACUUACCAACAAUUCUAUCUCGGAUUAGGUUCAUAUAGUUGUCACGAAGAGACCUGUAUUUUGAAGCGUCCUGCCCAGUAACACCAUAAAAAAGUAAAUCCUUAGCGACCCAGGUUACAAUAGUUUUGCGCCAUUUUUCUGCGACUUAUAAUUGUACCUUCAAAGUGCAAGACAACAAAAACCGAUGCCUCCAAGAUAGAGAAACAACGCAAGGCACAGAAAAGGCCUUCCUAACACUUUUCUUCGUUGAGCUCGUUCUUCAUACGACGAACGAUAUGUCGAGUCCUUCUUGAAGUAUAGGUCAUAUGCUGAGAUUCUUUUUGUUUUCUUUUUUUUCUCUCGCAUCUCCUCUUCUGUGCCCAGGAAGGAGACUGUAGUUGCCAGGAUGGUCUUUCUUGCGUUCUCACGAAGAAAGUGAUAGAACAUGGAAUCGAGACUCCCGUCAAGCAGUGCAUGCCGGGAGAUGUGGAUAUCGAAGUGGAGUCCAUCGACCUUGAUAACCAGGCAGCGGAUGCACCCAUGAGGAUAAAGCGCUGGCUAUUCUUCAACGUAAGUUUGAAACUUGGCUUGAACAAAAACAUUUGGAGCAGCGCUAAUUCGUCACGAAAUUUUCUUUGCUUCAUAAAUUAGAGAUGCCUCACCGAAGAAGAUUGCAGUUACAACAGAUGCUGCGCUUUCAAUAAGCGAUGUGUUCCAAAACUCAAGAAAUUCUUCACCUGCGUUUUAACGGUAAGUGAUAACAUUAAUAGGAUUUUUAUUCCUUACGUAUUGAAACCGGUCAAAUUUUAUCUCCUGGGUGGGGGGUAGAGAAUGUUUGGGAGGAUCACAUGGUUUUCAAGGGGAAGGGAAGGGGGAUCAAUCGUCACCAAUAGAAAACAAACUAACAAACUCUCUUACUCUCCCCCUCCCCCACUCAGGCAAUAAAUUAUAACUGGUCGCUGAUAAUUUUGGCUUCUCUGUGGAAUUCGUUCUCUGCGCGAAGUCUGGGUCGAGUAAUCAGCAGAACGCGUUCUUUAUGAGUUUCUCUCGCGUUUGACUUCACAAUUUACAAUAUUGAUUCUAUGGCAACAAGGUUCAUAGCAACUACAAAAAAAUGUUUCCUCCUUAAACUUGUGAUAUAAUAGAAUUAUGCUUUUUGUUUGUUCUGUAGGGCAUACACAAGUGCGGCUGCGCAGAUGGACUAGAAUGUAAGGAGACUGCUCACAUCACGCUUCCUAUCACAGGAACGAAGCUCUCCCUUAGGCAGUGUAUGGAUGCCUAAAAUGGCGCUUGGCUUGAGUUGUGGAUGAGUAAACACUGAUAGAGAAAAUUUGGAUGUUAAACCCAAAAUAAAUGUGUUAAACCAAAAAAAGGCCUGAUUAUUUCCUUCCCACCGAUAGCAUGAACUGUGGUUUAUGUUUCAGAGCAAUGAAAAAUGUUUCGUGCAAUUUUCGUUUCUGCGCGUGCGCAUUUGAGUUUCAACCCAAAAUGGGCAAGGGCAAUUUUUAGCUACAGUAGCAACCGGAAUACCCUUUCAAUCUUGUCUUUCGGGCUUCUGUCCUAGCGGAGGAAUUCGUCAGAAAUCUUUUUCCUCCAUAACACAGAUAGAGAUAAUUUUCAAAAGGGAGCAUAUGAAGUUUGAUAAAGCGAUGCACUGAUGUAACAGCUGAUUGGCUACGCAAACCCAUCACUUGACCAAGCAUGUUUUUAUAUAUGAGAAGGAGGUGUGACUGAUAUAAAUAUGAAAUUUCUGGCCGCAGAAUCCCUAAAAAUUCAGAGAACCGUUCUGUUUUCGAAGGAUGGCCUUACAUAUCAUAAUCGCUGAUCAUGAAUAUUUACAUUUGAAAUUUUUGAUAACAAAUAAUGUUUCAAAAGUAAACUGUUUUACACAUCUGUGCCAACUUACCAAAGAUUUGACAAAAUUGCUAUUAGAUAAUGUCAACAAAAUGGUAUUGAUCCUCAAUUGCAUGACAAAUUUGAGUAUAAACAGUAAAAACAAGAAAAAAUUAUCUUUAUAUCACAACGUAUAUUUAAAGUCGGUUUCUUUGAAGGCAAGACCUGAAUUUUCCCAGCUGAUAAAAGUGUUUAUUAAAUUUAUCUUUUAAUAUUUCUUGUAAAAAUUAUAGUGCUUGUUUUUCAAGUUCUUGUUUUGUGAAGAGUUUCCUUGCUUAAUAUCACCGAAGGCUUAAAAUGGUUGAGAAAUCUACCGAAAAUAUAAAGAAUAUACCAAGCGCUCAAUUUUCUAACACAUUUUAACGUCGUGUAAUGAGAAGGUUUCUGAAAGGCGUGUGUUGUGACAAAAUACAACAAUGAAGUUAUUAAAUUAUUGCGAGAAAGUUUUGUUGAUAUAUCAAAUUAUGAUAGCUUUUUCCAGGCAGUUGUAUAAACUUCAUUUCAAACCGAAAUUUUUUUUCGUUUGAACUUAGCAUUUAAAAACACUCGCACAACUUUGUGUCUUGAGACGGAAAGCUAUAUAUACAGUUUUCAGAGCUUAUCUCUACCAAUUGCGAAUUUCUCAACAAGAUCAAGCCCUACGUUGAUUUCUUCAAGUCAGAAAUUAUGAAGAUUUUUGUUGUUUUAAGUAUCUGCUUUGCCCUUGCUUCUGCGGUAAGUUUCUGGAUCAUUUUAUGUCAGACUUUACUAAUUGUGAAGCGUAAAACUAAUGAUUGCUUUAGACUUAGUUCAUGAUUUUCCCUUUUUUUUGCCACAAUAUCUGCUGGAUAUCUUUAAUACUAACAACCGCCAAGAUCCGUCCCUUUCACAUUCUAUAGUGAUGAUCGAAUAACAGCCUAUGAUGAACAAAUCGUGCGCAAGAAUUAAAAAAUCUAAUUUAGACUUUGGAAACCUAAACAUUUAAGAAAAAGCAAAAUGAACAUAGACUUAAAUAAAUUAUCAUUACAGAUAGAUUGAAAAAAUUUUUUUUUCCUUUAAGAUGCGAAACCUGUAGAUUGCAACAUUUCUUUUCUAUCACGUGCUAAUUCAUAUCUAACAACAAAAUAUUUAAAUAGGACUGAAGUAAAAUAUUUCAUUUUGAUCUGCUGAUUUUUCAAAAGUGCAACAGGUUUUAUUGUCAAUAUAGAUAUUUGCUUUUGACUUUCACGAAGGGCUAGGCUCGAAACUCUUUACGGUGGCCAAAUUAUCUCCAUAAAAAAUUUGUUCGUGUUAUCAUCAUUUUCCAGGCAUGUGAAAAUCUCAAGAGGCUUGAGGCUUGCAACAAUAAGGUGAGUUUGAAAAUGGGGGUAAUCGUCUUAGAAUAGUAAAUGGAAUUUUCAUGAAUUUGCUUCUUCUUCGAGAAAAAAAAAGAAACUGCACAUAAUCAGGUCGACAUUGGUGAUGCGUCACAUCGCUCUAUGAUUGGUCUAAAAUACUCCCACCAUCUCCUCAACCAAUCAAAACCAAAGGUAAAACUAAUCGCAAUUUGAACACUUCUGCUUUCCCGCGCUGCAGACCGCUAACAAUAAUUUACUUUGAUUUCUCAUUGGGAUAUUUUCCUGGGUCGCGAAUGGCCGUCGUGGCGCACUGAUUCGUAUGAAUCGGUUUCGCGACACCUGUUCUAAUGAGCUUUGAUUGCGGUUUAUUUUCUCUUCCACAGGGGCUUGAUUGCUCUUGCCAAUCCGGACUCUCGUGCAGAUUAACCAAACAAAUGAUCGUGGAUGGCAAAACUGUUCCAGUCAAGCAAUGCAUGGGAGAUGAUGAGAAGAUUAAUAUCGAGACCAUCAACGUGGACCCCGAGGAGCAGAACAAUGCAGCAAACGCAGCUUACAGAGUCAAGCGUUUCUUGGGAAUUAUCACGGUAACUGGAGCGAAGCUAAGAGGGGUGUCUACCACCCCAUAUGAAAUAAAUGAUCUUCCUUCAGAUCAUUGCGAUACGAAGGAAUUGAAACCAGCCGCCUCCCAAGGCGUUCGCAAACACAUCCUGGGGAAUAAGCGCAAAGUGGAUCAGCACUGGUGACGAGCCUCAGACUCGUACCCAGUCGCUUUUCCUUAUUCGUGAAGUGAUUGAUGGGAAGGAUUAAGCGGGCUCGUGUUCCACCAAGGGAAUGACGGAAGGAGAAAGCAAAACUGAACCACUUUUUCUCUCUCCUUCCCAAGCGCCUUAGCGCACCCUAAUCCCCGUCCCAGAUUCCUUUGUGGGUAGAAAAAAAAGGGACGACUAGGUGAAAGUAUGGACGAACCUUGGACUCAAGGUACCAUACCCCCAACCACAAGUUUCGUUCCCAGAGACAGUCGUGUUUCUCUAUUGUGCGAGAUGAUAUCGAUUUCAGGGGAAGAGAAUAAAGAUUAAAUGACAGUUUACCUUCCAAUGGAAAUCAAACAAUACAAGCCAAAAACUUAACUAAUCAUCGCUAUUUUGAACUGAUAAAGACUACAUCAACAGCUCCUUUCCUGGAAGAACCCACACUCACUUUGAACGGCACGUUUGACGGUAACUAUUUAUUAAUGUAGGGUAAUAUUAAACCCAGAUCCUACCGUACAAUUGAGUAUGAGGCUCACUUUUGUUGUUUUGUAAACUAGAAAUGUCAAUCCGACGUUGAUUGCGCCCCAAACUUCUGUUGUCCAAUUGUGAUCCAGCGCUGUCUCCCUAAAAUCCCAGAAGACGGCGCCUGCAACUUCAAGGUACUAAAUGCAAACCUGGGCUUUCUUUGCAAUCUCUUUAAAUCUUCUCUCAUCGUCACCCUUAAUUGUUAGGGGUCUCACUGGGGUGAUGGCUUUUACGGCUAACGGUUAUAAUUUUAGCAAGUCUACAGUUACGGUUAAUCCACAAUAACACAAAAUGACACAUUAUACAUAGAGAGGAAAACCUAUUACGAUUAGUCUUUUUCAUGACCAACAAAUAAUCUUGGUUGGCGAUUUACAAUCUUAUAUCCAACGCACACUUAUGGUAUCAUUUUUAAGUCAUCUACAGUGCGCACGCACAAAUACGGCUAGCCUUAUUCUAGAAUAUUUUCGCCUCUGACUUUGAUUCGCCUCGUAAAUCGCAUGAAAAGGUUGUUGGAUGUGUUCCUUUUUUCAGGAUUUACAUCGCUGUGGCUGUAUGGAUGGAUUAGUAUGCCAGAAGACUACAGAGAUUACAAUUUUCCCAGGCAUUAAGAUUCCUCUUGAGCAGUGCGUCAAGAUGUAAACACAUAUAUUUACGUAGCACCAUUAAGUGCUGUAGUAGCUUGAGCAAG